AUGGCAGAAAAUCACCCUUCAGACGGCGAGAAGAAGCGCGACGACGGCGACGGCGACGGCGACGGCAGCAACAGCUACGAGACACCGAAACCAACCCUCACAGCAGACGACCAGACGAUGGGGCAGCAGUCUAAUGAGGAGGCACGGCAAGGCCAUCGAGCCCGAACAUCCGCACCGUCCUCUCAGGCCCGCACCGUCCCGGAAACGAGCAUGGUCAGGACGGAAGACACGGGUACCACGCACGAUAGCCGUCAGGAGCAGAAGCAGCAGGAGCAGUGGCAGGAGAAGCACGGGGAGAGGGAGAGAGGUGGUGGUGGUGGUGGUGGAGGAAAAGACGGAGAGGUUGACAAGGACGAGCAAAGACAUACAGGUCCGCUGGACAAGGUGCUGCAGAUCAAACCGCCCGGACGGGAAGGGACGCCGGGGAACCCGCUCAGGCCGCCUCCGUACGUGCACCACUUUGACAGCUACUCUCUCGUCAAGCAGCUGCAGGAAGAGGGCUACACUACCGGGCAGGCGAUCGUGGCCAUGAAGGGGAUCCGUGGGCUCCUGGAGCAUAAUCUAGCUAUUGCUCAGGAUAGUCUGCAUAGCAAGAGUGAUGUUGAGAAUGAGACAUACCUCUUCAGUGCGGCCUGCUCAGAAUUGAGGCAGGAAAUCAUGAAUAAUAGACGCCUGCAGGACGAGCAGACCCGUCAGCAGAGGACCCUGCUCCAGCACGAGGUGGACAUACUGACGCAGUCUCUCAACCAGGAGGUCCUGUCUCUCAACCAUCGCAUCAGGGGGAUGUUUGACGAUAGGAGGAUGGCUGUAAGGGAGGAGCAGAAGACGGCGGAUAGCUCUAUCCAACAAAUCAACUACAAAAUCAGCACAAGCCUAGUCAGCGACUCCAAAUCCGAAAUCGAAGGUGUGAGGUGGAUCCUCAUCCGCCGGUCAGCACUGGGCAUCUUCUUCAUGGCCAUGGUGACGCUCGGCACGAUCCGGUACGCGUCGUACCUGAUGAACGAGAAGAAGGAGGACGACAGACGGAGGAGGGAGAAGGAGGAACAGCUGCGUAGGGAUGGAGGGAAGAGGCAUCACAACUCUGCUGCGGAUGCGGCUGCUAUACUUUCGGCGAAUUAG